UUCCACACCACUAACACUCUGGACACCCUCUGGCUGUCUGUGUCAGCCUAAUUUUAACCUCUCCAUACUAUCUUCUGUAUACUUUUGCUCUCCUGUUUGGCACUUGUGCAUGGAUUACUGAUAUAAAAAUGUGUUUCCAGCAGUUGUUGGAUGAAUUCAGCCAUGGGUAUCCUUGUGUAAAAUGGAGGAUAGUUUUGAUUGCGACUGCGGUGAGCUGGAGCCACCUGAUCAUUGAGAAGGAAGUGUCUCACUGAGAACGGCCAUCCCUUCAGGUUUCCCCACAUUAGGUGCUUGGAACAGUAAAAAAUAAUUAUCAUAAUUUAUUUGGACUGUCUCAAAAUGAUGCUGCUCAGGGCCAGUCAUACACUGAAAUUUUCUGCACUGUGACGAUGGCCUUAUUGGUAGUGACUUUAAUUGUUUCUGUUACAUUCAGAGAUUUUUGAUUGGCCUCGAAAUUCAUUAUAUUACACCCCCUGUAAACAUUGAAAUAAAGAAGAAAAUCUCCCACAAACUACGUAAAAAGCUGCUGAAGACAUUUUGGAUGAUGACAACAUAUCUAAGUUGCAUAUCUCAAUCUGUUCCCCUCAUCUUUUUGAAUACGCUGUGACAGCCGGAUUGGAUGCCGCUUGAGUCCUCGGAAGCUUGAGUGCUGAUUUCUUGUAAGUUAGGUUUCUCAACUUGCAAACAAAAUCUGCUGCAUAUCAGUGAAAUCAGAAAUCCUUCCUGCCAAGAAUGGCAGAGAAAUUUGAAAGCCUUAUGAACAUUCAUGGCUUCGACCUGGGCCCGCGCUACAUGGAUUUGAAGCCGCUGGGCUAUGGCGGAACCGGCCUUGUGUUUUCUGCCGUCGACACCGAUUGCGACAAGAGGGUUGCCGUGAAAAAGAUCAUCCUGACUGACCCUCAAAGCAUCAAACAUGCGCUGCGUGAAAUCAAGAUCAUCCGCAGACUCGACCACGACAACAUUGUGAAAGUUUUUGAAACGCUGGGGCCCAGCGGUCGGCCGUUGACAGAGGAUAUUAUGUCCUUGACGGAGGUUAACUCGGUCUACAUCGUACAGGAGUACAUGGAAACCGACCUCUGUAAAGUAUUGGAACAGGGCUUGCUCUCUGAGGAUCACACUCGGCUUUUCAUGUACCAACUGCUGCGGGGACUCAAGUACAUCCAUUCGGCAAACGUGCUUCACCGCGACCUGAAGCCCGCCAACCUCUUUGUCAACACCGAGGACUUGGUACUGAAAAUCGGGGACUUUGGACUUGCCAGAAUUAUGGACCCACACUAUUCCCAUAAGGGGCAUCUGUCUGAAGGCCUGGUCACUAAAUGGUAUCGUUCUCCUCGUCUGCUCCUUUCCCCUAACAACUAUACCAAAGCCAUCGACAUGUGGGCUGCUGGGUGCAUCUUUGCUGAGAUGCUGACUGGAAAAACACUCUUUGCAGGAGCUCACGAGCUGGAACAGAUGCAGCUCAUUCUGGAAUCCAUUCCGGUAGUUCAUGAAGAAGACAAACAGGAGCUUCAAAGUGUCAUACCUGUCUUUAUCAAGAAUGACAUGUCAGAACCACACACGCCACUCGCCAAGUUACUGCCUGGUGUCAGCCCUGAGGCUUUGGAUUUCCUGGAGAAGAUCUUGACCUUUAACCCCAUGGACCGGCUCACUGCAGAAGAGGCUCUUGCUCACCCGUACAUGAGCGAUUACUCGUUCCCUCUAGAUGAACCUGUGUCCACACACCCCUUCCACAUUGAGGAUGAGGUGGAUGAUAUCUUGCUCAUGGACGAGAGCCACAGUCACAUCUACAGCUGGGACAGGUAUCAUGACAGUCAGUUCUCCGAUCAGGACUGGCACCUGCACAGCACCCAUGAGGUGGAGGAUGUACAGCGUGAUCCUCGAGCCAUGUCCGACGUCACUGACGAGGAGGAGGUCCAGAUCGACCCGCGCAAAUACAUGGAUGGAGAGUGCGAGAAGUUCCUUGAGGAUCCUUCGUUCGACCUACCACCAGAGUGCUCGUGGCAGCUAGAUGAUCACCACGAGAACAAGUAUUGUGACCAGGAGUGCAGCUUCACUUGCAACUAUAAAGCUGUAUCCCCAUCCUACCUGGACAAUCUGAUCUGGAGGGACAGUGAGGUGAACCACUACUAUGAGCCCAAACUCAUCAUCGACCUCUCCAACUGGAAAGAGCAACAGAGCAAAGAGAAGAUCGACAAGAGGGGCAAGAGCAAGUGUGAGAAGAAUGGACUGGUCAAGGCCCAGAUUGCCCUGCAAGAGGCGUCUCAGAACCACAGCGUGGCCGAGAAGGACUACGAGCAGGAGAAACACCACUUCGACUUUGACUCGUUCAUUGCCGGCACUAUCAAACUCAGCCUGCAACCGGAGCCAGGUGACGUGGACCUCCUGAACGAGCUGAACACAUCAGUUUCUCAGCUGGACACCCAUGUCCCCAGCGGCUCCAUUUCAAAGUCCAUCAUUCAGGAGAAAGAGGAGAAGUGUCUGGUGAACCUGGCACAGCUUGGCGUCCGAGCGCCCUGUCCUUGGGAAAGUUUCACAGACAGUGGCGGCGACGAGAGUAACCUGAUCGACGAGGCCUGCUGGGACGUCCGCAAAGACGAGCAGCUCCAGAAGGAGAACACCAGCUGCCAGAGCAGUUAUCUCGACCGGCUUUUCAGCAAGCGUGACGAGGUGGAGUCUGAGAUCCAAGAGCCCAUCGAAGUGUCCGCUCCAGUGGACAACUUCAUUUCCUGCAGCGGUGAGAUCGUCUUUAACAUGCAGCUGGAGUCUCUGGCCAUUCCGGGAUUUGAGGGAGCAGACGACAUUCCUCUGAAGUCCAUUCAGGCCACGCUAACGCCCUCUGCUGUUAAACUCUCCCCUCAAAUUGCCCACAAAACAUACAGCAGCAUUUUCAAGCAUUUGAAUUAAAUAGAAAACACCCAUUCAAGCAGAGUCCAGCUUAUUUUUUAUAGAGUUCUGUAUACCUGUACUUGAAUCAUUUCAUAUCUUUUUACAUAUGGGUAGUUUUUAAGGAAACUUUUUUUUUCUUUUUUAUUUGUGGAUUAAAUGUAGAUGAAUUCAGUUCGUAAAUUUGUGCUGGACUGUGUUCCCACACAUGAAAUAUGUUUUGGCCCCUUUACAAACUCUGAUAUAAAUAAUAAUUAAAAAAUAAAUAAAAAUAACGGCAUGAUGUUUGCACACAGUGUACUGUAGAUUCAGAAACAUGAAAUGGACAGAUAGGAACAACUGUUAAGCAGAGAAAAUAGAUUGUUUAUUCAAUGAAGGCAAAAGAAUAGAGGGUGGGAAAAUGCACUAAUCGUGUGGGAGACGCCAUCCCUGACAUCAUAUUGUGACCUUCUGACUGACAGCCAAUAGGACAGAUUUAAGCAUUGCAACUUUGCCUUUUUUUUUUUUCUUUUUUUUUAAUAUAACUAAGGCUAAUUUAUUGAUUUAUUUUUAUCCACCAUUUUUAUAAAAAGCAAAGCCUUUUGCCAUUUUGUUGAUACUGUAAACUUCCUCAAACGUGAUGCCAGCACAGCAAGCGUUAACUGUAGGUUCAUAAUGGCGUUAUCUACCUCAAGGUAACAGCAGAAGGUUCCAUCUCCCAACUGUAGUGCUUUAACCAAACACUUUCCCUCUCAACAAUGACUUCUGUUGUUUUUCAUUUAGCAUUUGCCAUAGUGAAGUGAUCAUUAUUUAUUUUUACCAGCUGUGAGAUAUUUAUUUGAAGAACAUUGUAACUUUUUCAAUGUGAGGCAUUGGACUUCCAUUCUGGUCUGUUUUGGCACGCUGUGUUUGUUUAGCCGUGGAUGAUCGCUCAUCCGUUUGAGUUGUACAGAAAUUCAUGUCGCUUUUUUUUUUUCAUGAGGAGUCACCAUUAGGAUUUUAUUUGUAUUUUAUUUUUUAAAUUGUAGGUGCUUUAAAUGAGUGGAAUAUUGUUUUAUGGCAUU